AUGUCGUUUUUGAAACAAGUGGGUAGAUUGAUACGCCCAAAUGAAUAUAGUUCUACUAUUUUUCAAACUUCGUUUUUAAAUAAUAUAACCCAGCUUCGUACAGCAACAAAGAGAGCUGCAGGUUCGAAGACCAAUAAGAAUGAUUCUGCUGGUAGAAGAUUAGGUCCUAAAGCAUAUGAGGGUCAUUUUGUUAAGCCUGGCCAAAUUAUUAUGAGGCAAAGAGGUACCAAAAUACAUCCUGGUGAAAAUGUUGAUAUUGGUAAAGAUCAUACUAUUUUUGCUAUAGAACCUGGUUACGUGCGCUUCUAUUACGAUCCAUUCCAUCCAUUAAGAAAAUAUGUUGGUGUUGCGUUAAGAAAGGACUUAAACUUACCAACUCCCCACUUUUCUCCUAGAGUUAGAAGAUUUGGCUAUGAAAAGAUAACGGAUCCAGCAGAAGCCGAAAAGGAAGAAAAUCAUAUGUCAAGAAAAGAAUAUUUACAACAACCUGAAUUAGAAAAAAUCAGACAAGAAAAGCAACAAGACGAGAAUCAGAAAGCUUCUAUUUUCGAGAACACCUUGUCGACUCAAUUUACUUUGAAUUUGAACGAAGCUGAUUUCCAACUUGCAGUUAAUAGAUUGUUGAAUAUCUCGCAAUUAACGAACAUAGGCCAGACUUUGGAAGAAGCAGAAGCCCAAUCGACUUACAAUUAUAUUUUUGAUUUGAAGUUAUCUUGCAAAAAAGGUGAAAUUACUUUAGAAGAAUAUUCAAAUUUGAAAAUGCAUUACAUACAGUUUGCUCAAACCCUAGAUAGAAAAGUAACCAUAGAUGCCCAAGGUAACCCAUGUGCAUUUGUUGCUCCAAAAGAUAAGAAAGAAAAGCAAGACGAGAUAUUAGGCAGACUUGAAAAAGAGUUUUCCAAUAGGGUAAUCAGUGAAAAGGAUAAAGAAACUAUUUCUGAUUUAAUUAUGACUCCAGGUAUCUACAAUAAGUCUCAACAAGCCCAUUUGAAAGACAGAUUCUUGCCAAGUGUGUUGCCACUCACGGUGAAACAGACUGUUGUGGAAAAUAUAGAUCCAAAGAAACCGCCAAAAGGAGUGACAGUAACUAGAAUCUUUGAUGAAGACACCAAACAGAUUAAGGUGAUAGGUAGGACUAAAGAAGCUUUCAUUGGUUAA